UGGACCAUUUUAUUUCUGGAUCGACGACGACCGGCCAUUUUGCUAUAGCCACACGCACACUCUUUAUAACCACAAUAAAUAUUAUCAUAUUAUUAUAGCAGUCACCGUCACGAAAAUCUCGGCGUACCACAAGGAAUACCUACUAAAAUUAACAUGUUUGCGCACACCGAUUUUUAACGAUAUAAGAUACAACAAUAUUAUAAUAUUAUUAUUAUGUAGAAAUAAUUCGUCACGUAAGUGACUAUUACAUUUUUGGUUUUUGGUUAACGGGAAUCAUACUUUGAUAUUGUGAACAUGUUGAUGGAUGUUGAUUUUGAUGAUGAUACGCCUAAUCGAUGCACCACACUCGUCUACUAUGUAUGGAAGAUAUUCACGUGCUUGUUCCUGCACGUGUUACUUGUCACUAUGGUCGUGCUGUAUUGUUUGCUCGGAGCUUUUGCUUUUGAACGUCUGGAAUCAGCAAACGAAAUUGAAGUGAAAAAUAGUAUCCGUGUAAUGAGGAUGAAUGUAACUACGGAUCUUUGGAAAUACACUAAAAAUUCAUUGGUGCUUCAACAAGAUAAUUUUACAACAAACGUAACAGCCCGGUUGCAAAAAUUUGAAGACGAUUUGAUUUACGCAAUGAAACGUAAAGGUUGGGAUGGCGAAGAAGACACUAAAAUACAACAAUGGACCUUCACUGGAGCUUUAUUUUACUCAAUAAUUGUUAUUACAACUAUAGGUUACGGUCACAUAGCUCCGAAAACCCUCAACGGAAAAAUAAUCACUAUAAUUUACGCGAUUGUCGGUAUACCGUUGAUGCUCCUAUGCCUGUCCAAUAUCGGUGACAUAAUGGCGCAUUCCUUCAGAUUCCUGUACUGGAAAGUAUGUUGCUAUACGUGCACUAGGCGGCAGAGACGAGUACAGUCCCUAAGGAGGUCCCGCAGUCAAAGGUCCACUACAAGAUCACACGGUUCCAGAACCACGUCACUAAAGAGAACGGGUCGAAUAUCACAGAGAUCAGCAGACAGUGCUCUUGGAAUGUCAGAUUGUUACACUAGAUCUUCUUAUUCAGACACCGAAUGCAGGUAUUAUGAUAAAAUGGAAAGAGAAUAUGCCAUGUUUGGUGGUGGGAUGCCUGUUAAAGCCCCUAACCGAUAUUCACAGCAAUCCAGGUAUUCCGACACUGUACCAUUACGAAGACACUCGCCAGCUAUUAAACCAAGAUCGACCAGUCAAAACAGUGGUCACCGUAAUAAUUCUAACCAUUAUUAUCAUGGUCGAUAUCGAGUACAAGAUCCAAGUUAUUCUGAUGGUGAUCAAUUGGAUGGGCCAGAACUGCAGCAAGUGCCAUCGAUCUUAUUUAAUAAAUAUGCACUGGACAGGGAAGAAUCUAGAAGAAUUCAUCCGAAGCAAAGUCAAGAGAUCCGCCGAAACAUCCGGGGUCACUCGGCCGCUCCAAAUUUAGCGACGGAAACGCCGUCGGGAACAUUGCGGACGAACAGCCGAAGCAAAACACCUCAGCAUCUAGUUGUGGACAUGCCGCCAAUGGACCAUCCUGAUCAGGAUUACUACCCGAAACCAAAAUUCCGACCGAGACAUCGGAAUUCCAAUCAGAGUAAGUCACGUGAAGAAUUCUUGGGAGGUGGCGGCUGUAGCGGCGGUGGAGGCGGUAAGGGCAAACGUUUGGAAGUGAUGGCGCCCAGUCCACGUAUCAUGUCACCACUGGGUUUCGCCGUGAACCGGCAAUAUCCUCGGCGGACGACUCGGUACAGCGACUACUACGACGACGCGGAACCGUGCGAGUUCGACGACAAUAACCCGGACCACAUCAAGCCCGUGCCCAUAUGGCUGUGCGUGCUGUUAGUGGUCAGCUACAUAAUCAUGGGCGCGUUCCUGUUCAAGAGCUGGGAAAACUGGGAGUUACCGGACUCGGCGUACUUCUGCUUCAUAACGCUCACCACCAUCGGGUUCGGCGACUUUGUGCCCGCCCAGCGCGUGAUGAACAAGGGCGACGACACCAAGCUCCGCAUAUGGUUCUGUUCGCUCUAUCUGUUGUUCGGUAUCGCCCUUUUGGCCAUGAGCUUCAACCUCGUCCAGGAAGAGGUCAUCAGCAACGUCAAGGCCGUUGCCCGGCACCUGGGAAUCAUCAAGGACGAAGACGAGGAGGAGUCCGAGUGACGGUGCACUGUAUCGUUUACAAUAAUUUACUUAUAAUAAUAUUUUUUAUAAUAUAUGAACUGCGUAUAAUAUUAUGUCGUUGUAACUUUCGCGCGAAUAUCGUUUUAGAUAACUUUAUAUGUUGUACGAUGUAUUACUAUAUUGCAGAAGUGUUCAUGUCCUUGCAGCGUAGGCACCGUCAACCGCCUGUGCCCGUUUUGUAUAUCUUACCUGAAUAGUUGUUAUGCAUAGAUCGAUUUAAGAUACAUUUUAAUAACUAUGACUAAUAAUUAUUUUGUCGUCGUUACCAGCUUUUCGUACAUACAUCCAAAUACGCAAUAUAAACCAUUUAUGAAAAAAAAAAAAAAUGAUAUUUGUAAAAAUUGAUUUUAAAUAUUCAAACCAAAUCUUUGAAUUUUAAUAAUUAUUAAUGACGAUAAUAAUAUAUUAUUUUUAAAUCGAUUUCAUUCUUAAUGUAAGUUACCUAAUUCAAUUUAUUAUUUCAAUUACUUCAUAUGAAACGGCAUAAAAUCAUCAUCUACGUAUAAAAUAAUCACGCGUGUAUGUAGAUACGUAUUUUAUAUAAUCAUUAUUUAAUAAAAUACUAUAUUUUGUUUAAUAUGUAGUUAAAAAUAAUAUUAUAUAAAAAAUAUUGUUUAUUUAUGAUUAAACAAUUGUAUAAAAAUCAUUAUUUUAUAUGUGUGCAAACGGUCUAUUAAAUUAAAGAUAAAAUGUAUAAAAUGUGAGCAGGCGGUUGUAGCACACUCGUUCCCGUCACUCGUCAGGAUUGUGCUAAAAUCGUCAAUACGUUAUGUAUCUGAUAGAUUUAUAAUAUGCAUUUUAAUAUUAUAUAAUAUAAAGAUGAAUUUUAAUAAUAUUCUUAUUUACUGUGCAGUUAUUGCGUUAAAAAUUCAACGGGGGAAAAUCGUAAAAAGCCAGGUAAUCAUUCGGUCAGCGUUUUUGUCAAAUAAUGACGAUGCCCCGUUAUGCUCGUUUUCCGAUGAAGAUAUUGUUAUUAGUAUGUAUUGUCUCUGGAUUUUUUAAUUUAUUCGUCAUCUGCAUAUUUCUUAUUAAAUUUUCCUCGAUUUCUAUUCAUCAUACCUGUUGAGUGUUGACUAUAUACAAUAAGGUAUUUUUAAAUACUGCUGAUUAAUUAUAGGUAUUAUUAUGGAAAUAGUUAAUUGUUUUAAUGAAAACUUAUAGCAAACACCGUUAUUUAAAAGCAACGCAACGAUAUUAAAUUUGCACCAAAUCAAAACUGCCAUAGAGUAAACUUAAAGUUACUUCAUGCACUAGAACUUGACUGUGUAUACAAGCCCGUUGCAUUACAAAAGUGUAAUUUAGUUUGAGAGCACAUAAACGAAAACGAGGUCACGAAUCUUUGAUAAGGAUCAGCCGUUUAAAUCUUUAAAGCUAUCAAUGUAAUGUGUUAUAGUGCAUUUCAAGUACCUAAUGGAGCAAUGGAGAUAUUGAUAAAAUUAUUUAUAUUUAUAUAUUUAGAUAAUCUAUGAUGUAAAAUGAUGCAAAAAAUAAAAUGUCAACGAUUUUAUUCAUCCGACAAACCAUUAACAACUUUCUAUGUAAAAAAUGUAAUGUAACGUUCCGACUGUUCGUUUUUUUUUUUAUAGGCUAUUCAGUCAACAUACAGCUUUUGUCAUGCUUCAUAAUAAUAAUCAUUAAGAUUUUAAACAAUUAAGUGAGUGCCCGUACUUCUAUUUUAUUUCAUGAAGGAAAAUUCAAUAAAUAUUGCAAUAAAGCCAUAGUCCAUAAUAAAAAUAAUUAACUAAACAAUUUUUCUCCAAAAUCAAAUAAUGUUUUAAUAUAAUAACAUGGAAUAAUAAUGAUUUUUGGUUUUGAUAUAAAAUAAUUAAUAGAAAAUAAGUUUUUUAUGUAAUUAAUAUUGUCAUUAUAUUAAUUGUUAAAUUCAAGUAUUGUACUUUUUAAUAUUAUAUUAUUUUAUACUAGUUACUUGAAAUACGUCCCAUAUUUGUAUUUACAUAAUUAUAUUUAUAUAAGUACAUUUAUAAAUUAUCUAUUUUUAUUUUACAGAUAUUUAGAAGUCUACUAAGUACUAACAUUAGGUUAUAGAAUUAAUAUUAUGGUUUUCUUAUUAUAUUAUAUUGUUGGAUAAGUACUUGUGCUCUUAAUUGUUACAAUGUAAUUUAUAUUUUACUUUAUCUUUUAUUAUUAAAAACUUCAGGGAGCGAUGUUCCACGAAAAAUCUGUUUUUUUUAUAUAAUAUAUUUAUAACUGCAUUUAUUAUUAUUAGUUUUAGUUUACUAAUCUCAAUAAUUAGUAAAGUUAAAAAUAUUUUUAACUGUGAAAGACAUUCAAAAUAAUUCAUAAAUGCAGAUUUUAUAAUUAAGAAAACUAUUUGUAACAUUAUUACUAUUUAUUAGAUUGCCUAAAUAUUAUUUAUUUGGCUUAUAAUCUGUAAGGGACAGCUGUUCAGUUGAUUUAUGAUAGUCCUCAACAAUCUUAAAAAAUUAUAUAAGUUUUUUUUUAAAAUAUUUAUGUUUAAGUUAUUUCAAUAUCAUUUCACCCUAAAAAUG